CUAACCUAUUUCCUUCUAACAUUAAAAUAAUAUUAAACAUUUUAAAUCCAAAACAGGGGAGUAAUAUAUACGGAUUUAAUAGUUAAAACAUGAUUUAUAUCCAAAAACAUACCUCAUCCUCACUGCAUAAUCCACGUGCAUCCAUCCUCUUACGGUGGCUUCCCAAAUUACCCUUAGAAGUGGACUCUUCAUUAAGCAGACCCUCAUUCGAUAUUGAGGUUAUAAAUGUAAAUUCGACACCUGCAUUUUUGUCCUAUUCCAGUUCAAUACCGUACACUUCUAUUUGUUCCCCGACAAUCUCGUCAGACCUAUCAAAAUCCUCAUCCGACGGCCAAAAAUACACAACUCAGCGACGUCGUUUUUGCUACCUGCACGAAAACGGCCAACGUACAGACAUAGCCGUCAGAUUCCGCGCAGCGACACCUGUCAUCCUCUCAUCCUUCGCCACGUGUUCCCCUCGCGGCUUUUAUAUAUACAAGAUACAGACGAAAUUUAUCCACUCUAGCUCGUUCCCGGAGCAAUGGACAAUGACUUUCAGUUGCAGGUGCAGCCGCAGCUCCACGGCGUCGAAUCCUCUUCCGCCGUCGACGAGGCUUACAUCAACGGCGUCUGCGCCGGACUCAGCUUCCGCUCCUUGCUUGCCUACGGUUCCUACGAACCGGCGGCGGAAGCACCGAAUCCUCUCAAAAUGCCGAAAACCGAACCUAACUCCGCCAUCGGAGACGGUUAUUCCACCAGCGUUCUUCCGUACAAUUUCUUCUCCGAAGCGGCGGCGUCGUCGUCGUCGUCUUCGCACCAUCUCCAGCUUCCGAGCCUACUUUCUCUCGAGCUACCUCCGACCGCCGCCGUCGCGGCGGAUUCACCAGUUCUAAACCCUAGGGCUGGAAUCGGAAAGCAGCGGCGGCGGAUAAAACAGCAGAGGCUUAGCGAUAAGACGCGGUGCUUGCAAAAGCUACUCCCCUGGGAUGAAAAAAUGGACAUGGCGACCGUACUGGAGGAGGCGUACAAGUACAUCCGGUUUCUCCAGGCGCAGGUUAGCGUACUCCAGUCAAUGCCUUGCGAGACCGCUUCCGCCUCGUCGGCGGCGGCAACAAGCGGUGGCGGCGGCGGCGUGGAUCUCGGGAGAUUGAACAGGCAGCAGCUGCUGCAGGUGGUGGUGAACUCUCCGGUGGCUCAAUCGCAGCUGUAUUCGAAAGGCUGCUGCGUUUACUCAGUGGAGCAGAUAGUUACGCUGAAGAAGAAGCAGGCUAUGCAUCAACAAGUGCUCUUGAGUAAUUCGUCUAACCCUAAUUCCUUCUUCUGAAAGGUAUUACGUACGUACUAGCUCUUCCUCCUUUAUGUCAGUCAGUCGCCACUUUCUUGAUGAACUAUAUAUAUAUAUUAGGAGCAACUCAGUUUUUUUGUUAUGAACUUAAUUAAUUAAUUAAUGCUCCUAGGGUUUUGAAUUAACUGUGAAUACUAGUGUGGCGGAACUCAUCUUGCCAUACGUGUUUUGACUUGGAAUCUAAACAAUGCUUUAAUAUUUUUAACAAAGUAAUUGGUUUGUGCAUUGGUUGCAAACAUGAACAUACACGAGAAGGACCCAUUCUCGAUUUAAUUUAUUUAUCGAUUAUAUUGGACCUAAUUUUGAUAAUAGAAGAUCAACUUUGCCUUGGUCCUCUCCUCACCAUAUUGUGGAAGUUGCUUUGCUUCUCAUAUCUCAACAAAUUAUUAUGCACAUAGCCAAUAGAAAUAUAACACCAUUUCAAUCCAUAUAGAAUCGUAUAUGGAGCUAUUGAAAUCGAAAUCACAACUUCAGUCUUCCACAAUUGUUUUGUCUUUUUUCAACUUUUUUAUUUCAAUGCAGCCAGGAUAACUUUUUUUACAAAACUCCAACUCAAACUCAAACUCGAGUGUGAAGCUUAGCC